AUGCUCUUACUAAGUAGCCGGCUGGUUAAAUAUGAUGUUAUCGCACUACAGAAGACGAAAGGCAGAACGGAAACCAUUCGAAAAACGGACCACAACGAGCUGCUCAACAUCGGGCCCAAGGCGGACGGCAAUGUUGGUGGAGUUGGAUUUCUGAUCAAUUCUACAAUCGCCCACCUAGUAGACUCGCAUAACAUCGUCAGUCCGCGCUUUGCUGUCCUCCGUCUGCGCGCAAAAGAGAAGAGCUAUUAUAAAUAUGUCGUAGGCGACUUCAACGCCGUCGUGGGCACGAACUGCACUGGAGAUUGGAGGCUCGGACCUCAUGGCUUUGGCGACAGGGCUGAAAACGGAGAACUUCUUCUAAACCUACUAUAUGCGUGCCGCCUUUUCCAUGGAAAUUCAAUGUUCGAAAAGCCAGCUAAGCAACGAUGGACUUGGGAAAGUCCAAACGGCCGAACGCAUACGGAAAUAGAUCAUGUUCUCACUAAUCGACGCUGGAGUCUACUUGACGUAUCCGUGUUGCUCUCUUUUGAUACCGGCUCGGAUCAUCGCCUAGUGCGUGCAAAAAUACGACUCAACAAGCGAAUAUUCAAGCGCGACACGCACAGGCCCGCAUACUUCAAGACUCCCUCCUUUGAUACAGAGCUACUCGAAUCUGCCAUUGAAGCUUACGAUUGGCGUCUUUUAGAGGAUCCCACAGAAGAUUACGAGUACCUAACAAGAGGCUUGCUUAAGUGUACGAUAUUUCCCGUCGUUCGCAGCCAGCCCGAAUUCCGAGGUAAACCUCGUUUCAAGGGAAACGUGAUGCGGUGGGACAUGGUACCACGGCUCCCUUAA